AUGGCUUUCGGGGCGUCUGAUAAUGGCGUCUUCUUCACCAGCUGGGAGUUGUGGCAGAAGAUGACUUUUGUUCUUGCCUGUGGCAUCGUCUUGACCAUCUUCAUUGGCUUCAUCAAGCUUGCCUUUGACAAGAGGAAGCUUCGCAAGUACAGCAAGGUCGACAAGGGCAAGAGGGCGCAGUCGCCCGAGAUGCUCGAGGCGCAGCCUGUAACCCAAGUCAACGAAGACGCCAAGGACGAGAUCCCAUUCGGCAUCCGUGCUAUCCAGAGCGGUAUCGAGGUCGACGGUGUGUGGAUCUCACGAACAAACACGCCCGUUGGCAGCAGCCGCAACUCCGUCAUGAGCGACAAGUUCCCUCGCACCAACUCGCAGCUCGAACUCCCACAGCCAGUCGCCCAAGGCUCUAGCCGCAACAGCUCGUGCGCUCCAAGCUCAUUUGACCGCGCCGUCUCCGCUGAACCACUGUCCAACACCGAAUCACGCUCUUCGUCGCCCGCUCGUGGACACCAGCACGACGGGCCCCGCUGCAGCAACUGCAACCACCACGUCUCUCAGUCGGCUCACUUGUCUGGCUCCUCUUCUCCAUCUCGCGCCAGCCCUCUCGGACAGGCUGAAUCCUCUUCCAAGUCGAGCAGCCGCAACAGUGAUGAAACCGACUACAUGGCCAUUAACCAGGACGUGCGCGCAUACGAGACUGCAUACCUCCCUCCCAAUGGUGCUCAAAGGAACAUCGACCCCAAGACUGACCUCGAACUUCUCCGAAGCCACCGCCUCUCCCACGUCGCCGAGACCGGACAGCUCAUGCCCCGCGUCCGCAAGCCAGGCCACAGCGGAGAAUGGGCCAGCGUCACAGAGAACCAGAUUUCAACGCUCAACGGUGUCAACUACUUCACACCUCGGAAGUCGCCUUCUCCUCCGCUCUCCACUGGUAUCCACCCAUCUCAAGAUAUCGUAGCGUCUUCUUCGGGCCCUAGCCAUGAUGGCCACGCAGCCAACCAGGCGAGGCAAGCAAUUCCUCUGACCGAAUCCUACGCACCUAAUGCUCCGUUCUACCCCGAUACCUACCAGCCGCACGGCCCAAGCCACCAAUAUAGCUAUGAUCAGGUCCCCUACCAGGUCAUGACGGACCAAAAUCAGGACCGCAAUGAGCAAGUUCUCCGCAAAGUCAACUCUGGAUUUGAGAUUCUGCGACCAGGCACCUUCAAGGAGCCUACUCCCGAGGAGCUUGAGCUCGCCGAGCGGAGAGCAUCCAAGAAGCUCCAAAAGAAGCGGAGAACAUCGACUGACUCGCGGAAGUCUGCCUUUAUGGAGCAGGUUUGA